GUGUGUCAAUUGUCAAAGCAGUGCACGAAUGUAAAUAAAAAGGUAGAAGAAACAGCUGCACAACCAGAAAUAUCAUUUGAAUUUGCACAAUAAUCAUACGACAUAUUGAUAGUGAAUUUUUAGUUCCGGGACAGAAUUUAACGAUUACGUUGGAAUGGCAUCGACCAAAGUGCUUCAAUUGGAAGAUAAGGUGGCAAAACUUCAAGAAUAUGGCUCGAUCGGAUAUCGGGCGAUGGAUGACCCGUUCUUUGUGGCAAAUAACACUGUGAUUUUUAAGCCCUUUGUUCGUCUCGGUGUUUAUCGGUACGACGAUGAAAGUCUUUGCCAUAAAUCGAACCGCGUGCGAUGCAACAUUCCCAAAUGUAAUGAGGAGUUUGACACGAUAUUUGCAUAUGAAAAUCAUUACAAUUCAUUGCAUCGUUUCUUGUGCGCUCAAUGUUCAAAGAAUUUACCAAGUGCUCACUUGCUCGAUUUGCACCUGUCCGAAAAACAUGAUUCAUUUUUUGCCGUGCAAGCCGAACGCAAACCAAUGUUCCGCUGCUACUUGGAGGAGUGUUUAAAGUUGAGUCAAACACCGUCCGAGCGUCGAGAUCAUUGCAUUACAGAGCACAAAUUCCCGCACGACUUUCGCUUCGAUUGCUAUGGUCACACAAAGAAAAGCAACAGCAACAAUAAUAACAACAACAAAGUGGAAAGCAAAAAAUCCAACCAAAAAUCGGCAAAUCCAAAGUCAUCAUCAUCGACCACCGUUUUGCAGCCACCAAAAUUGGUGUCGGUGACCACACACGAUGAAGACAUUGAAUUGGAGGAUAAAUCGAUUUUGUUGACGGCACAGCGAAAACAUUUCACCAACUUUUCAUUCGGUCACAAAAAAUCGAAGGCAUUCCGUUCGAAUGCGCCAGCGCACAGCUAUGUUAAGCAGCUAACUGCCAAAUCUGAAACCAACAAACCACCAUCCGGUGGCGGCGGCGGCCUGGACAAUGCCAACUUGGUCGACGAUCUGAUGGAGAGCUUACCACAAUAAACAAAUGCUGGAAUUUAUUUUAUUUCAUAAUUUUUUUUUUAAUUCACUCAAAUCGUAAAACAUUUUACCACAAAUAAAUAAGUUAAAGAAUAAAUUAAAAACAAAAAUGGAAAGAAAA